GGGAGCCUUUGGCAGAGCGAAAAUCAUGACAGAAUCACCUGCGGAAGACUCUGACACGAGUCAAAGCCGCAUUUCUUCCGGACAGGAUGAACCGAAACGCUCACAAAAUUCAUUCUCCAAGCUCCGCAAUGCCUGGAAAUGGUUGGACAUCGAUUUGCACACCUUUUUGCAAAUGGUAAAGUUUGCUUUGCCGCCGACGAUUGGCCUAUGCAUUUUCCAGUCUGAUAGUAUCUCAAGUACGUUCACGACAGUGGGCUACUUGGUUGCAGUGGGCGGUGUCCUAGCCUCAACUUUAACACCUAGAGCGGCCUUCCUUCAGAAUAUCAUCGUAGACGUCUUUGCAAUUUCAGUGGCUACCGCGGUAGCGUUGCUGGCAAUGUGGAGUGCCAUUCAGGCUCGGAAGCACACUACGGCCCCAGGAUCGCCAUUAUCUGACUAUAACUCGUCAGCCGCUGCCGUCGUUGGUGUUUGGCUUUUCGCUACCGUGUAUUUCAUCAAUUGCCUCAAAUCAGCAAUGCCACAGUUCAGGUUUGCCUACGUUAUGGCCUCGAUAAUAAUAAUUGUUACUUUAGCCUCGGCUCCUCAGAUAACCGAAGUAGAUGCAGCGCUCAGGAUUGCUAGACAGUUGUUCGGGGCCUUGCUGCUCGGCCUUGCUAUUGCCACUGGUAUAUCUCUUCUCUUCCGUCCAUCGACUUCGCGGAAGCUAGUCCUACGGAAUAUCAGCGACUAUCUGACCAGUAUACGGAAAGUUCUCGAAGCCCAGUCGACGUUUUUGAAAAGUAUAGAAAACAAGAAUAUGUUUCAUUCAUCUUCGGAAUCCGAGUCGCUCCGCAGUGAGCUCAAGAAACUUCGCCUGGUCAACAAUAAGCUGUUCUCUGACAUGAAAUUUGCCAAGAAAGAAAUAGCAUACGGCUAUCUCGAAGCCAAGGAUCUGUCAGAGAUACAUCGCUUGCUCCGCGCUGUGUUUCUUCCUAUUGCUGGCAUGAAUCAGAUGAUUGACAUCUUUGAAAGGCUGGCCAAAAUGCAUGGAUGGAGUACCCUUCCUCGAAACGAACGAACGGAUCCUGAAACGGAGAGCGAGCGAAUCAUAAUGGGAGAGUACGAGGGCAUGAUGCAAGCUCUCCAUAGCCCCGUUGGAGAUAUCUCCAAUUCCAUGUACGAAGCCAUCGAUCAUGUCUCGACUGUCCUCAAGCUUGCAAAUCCCGUGCCACAACCCGCUGACGAAGAGGCCGAUUCGACUUCUUCGCCAGGCCAUGAUGGGUUUUCGCAAUAUCUAGAAGGAAGGAUUGACUUGUUUGACGAGAAACGCAAGAUUAUCCUGAAGUCUUGGGUUGACGACACAAACGUUACCCUCUCGCCAGUCAAGACCAGGAACAGCGUGUGGCUAAACACAUCCGUGGAAAAUGACGAUUUUUUCGCAACACAUAAACAACGGCAGCUUUUCGUACUACUUUACAUACUCUAUCUAUAUUGGGCAUCAAGCCAAGCACUGCUAAAGCUCGUCCAGUUCGCCGACACUCGAUUCAAGAAAGGAACCAUGUCUAAACAACGAUUUCUUUUCCCAGGCCGCAAAAAUGUUAAGAAGUUCUUGAGGCUCUCAUCAAUGGUGACCAAAGACGAAGACGACGAUUGUGAAUCAGCACCUGAUCCAAUCCACGAUCUAGGCGAAGCGUUUCACUCUCGUAAAGACCCAGAACACCUUCCUGCCGAGGGCUGGCUGCAAGAGAUCGGAGAGAUCUUGCGAGCCAUCGCAAACAUGUUCCGAUCUAAACAUUCAUCGUUUGGCUUCCGAGUUGCAUGUGCCAUCAUGUCGGUCGCGGUCUUGUCCCUAAUACGACAAACCCAGCAUUUCUAUGUCGAACAGCGUAUAUUUUGGGGGGCCAUUUAUUGUGCCCUGUCCAUGGUACGAACGGCAGGUCAAUCGAUGUUUAUCUUCUUCCUCCGAGUAUGUGGCAUUCUUGUCGGAGCAGCCGCAGCAUAUCCGGUGUUCUAUAUUACCGAUGGCCACAGUCCGGGGGUCCUCGUCAUUUACUUCCUCUGUGUAACAAUGUUCGCCUACAUUCCAGUCAAAGCACCGCGACUUGCUCUUGUCGGCAUCAUGGCUACCGUGACUACCACUAUCAUCAUUGGGUACGAACUCCAAGUAAAGAAGAUCGGACAGACUGUGGCAACAUCCAACGACCAAAAAUACUAUCCACUUUACCUUCUAGCGCCAUACCGGGCCGUGGUGUGUAUGGCUGGCAUCGCGGUCGCCUUCAUAUUCACCGGCUUUCCAUUCCCGAUUUCCGAGCGUUCUGAGGUCAGGAAAUACCUCGGAACCGCACUAUACCUUGGAGCCCGUCACCAUGCGGUGGUUCAAGCUACGAUAACGGCACGCAUUCAUCGCGGUGAAGGCGAUAUGAAGCUGAAAACGAGCCCUGGCCGCAGACUAGAAACGGAGCGAACAAAACUGUUCACGAAACAGUUGAUACUAGUGUCCAGAUUAAGAGAGUUAUCGGACUUCACGAAGUGGCAGGUUCCUCUGGAUGCCCGAUUCCCGAAGGCAACUUACGACUCAAUUAUCAAUGUAUUCGAGAACUUGUGUACUUACACUGCUCUUAUUGGUUAUGCGUCUACGUCAUUCGUGAUUCCGCAGGAGGGGUUAUCAGAGGAACAUUCGGCUUGGCAAAUUACGCUCACCAACCUUCUCAAGAGCCUUCAGCAUACCGCCGAUGAUGUCUCAAGCGUGUUGUGUCUUCUAUCUUCGAGUAUUCUCAACGCCCAGCCGCUCCCGCCGCAUCUCCGUCUACCACGGCCUUACGAACUUGUAAAGCGUCUGCAGACCAUGGACAGGGACGUGCUUGAUGUAGAACAUGUUGCGGAGCCAGCUUAUUCGGGGUUUGCAAUUAUGCAAAUUGCGAGCAAGGCCGUGAUUGCGGAUUUGCGCACACUUACAGAUCUUAUCAGAGAGCUCGUGGGAGAACUCGACUUCUCUUAC